GCUAAAACGCAACGCAACGCAAAGUUCCUAGGAAAACAUUCCAAGCUCUCCCAUACCAAAAUGCUAUGAGUGCCAAUAUCAGUAACCGGAUGAAGAGGAUUGUGUGGUCUCCUCUGGACGGACAGCGAUUGUUCCUGGUUGGCGGAAAUGACCUUCGUCUAUACGAAUGGUCCCCGGAACUUGAGGGUGACGAAGCGAUUCGUUUGAUUGCUGUGAAUACGGACGUGAGCCACAUGAAGUGUUUUGACUGGUCACCUCAUCCAGAGUUCAGCGAUCUAUUAGCUGUCGGUUAUACAACCGGCCGAACGAUUCUUACCACAAUUCAGGCCUUCAACUUUGUAAGCACGCCAUCCAACGCUCAUGUACUUUCUCGAAAUCCCUCCACGUCUUCACUACUUCAACUGCCAUCGAACCCACCCGUCUCCAAAGUUCUUGGAGAGUUCAUGCCCCGACACACCCGCGCUUGUAAUGUUGUGGCAUUUUGUCCAACUGAUCCACAUUUGCUAGUUGCUGGACUGGACAAAGUUCGGAAUGACUUUGGAUUGAUUGUAUGGAAUACAGAGAUGGCCAGCUCUUCGGGAUUAAAUGGUGCUGGAACGCCUACUGAGCCAAGCGCAGAUCGAAUUGUAGAGGGACGAGGUGGAUUGGGUGGAACCAGCACUGCAGUUGUAACCGAUGGAAUCCGCAGCGUGUUUUCAGGCACGCACUUGGGUCAAGACAUUGAUAAUGUUUUGGAUAGCCGUAAAAUCUCAGUAUCAAAUGUCUCGGAGAUAUCUGGAAAGAGUGCAUCGACUUCGACGAGCCGAAAUCCGAUUCCAAGUAAACCGGUAGCCCAGUAUGGUUCCUCGGAAGGGAUAUCGUCAGCAGCAUGGCUCUACAAAUCCUCACCACACCUAGUUGCCGGCAUGGGGUUAAAAUGGAUACGUGGCUAUGAUUUGCGAGCGGCUGGAAAUAACACACCCAGUCUGGUUAUACCUACAAAAGCUGUGCUUGGUAUUGCCACAGAUCCUUUUCACGCCCAUCGAUUUGCUUCAUUCGCCGAAGACAACAUAAUUCGCCUGUGGGACGCGCGCAAUACAACGGAGCCAGCUCUAACAUUCAAUGCAGAAUUUCGUACUGGUAUCACUCAGAUCUCCUGGUCUCCAAUACGUUCAGGAUGUCUUGCAGCAGUGGGAAAGGAUUCACCCGCUCUCAAAGUAUGGGACAUUCAAGAAACAAUAACGACAGACUACAUCAGCUCGACAAUAUCGCGCAGUAGCUCAGUUCGAGUCCCUUCUCAGUCACAGGGACCUGGACCGCACCAGCUGCCAAGUCCGAUAGGUGAAGCACCAUCUACGACAUCGGCCGGUGACGCGCUCGCAGAGUCACAUCUGCCGCCUUCGGUUGCCGGUGCUGGCUCUGUCGGCAGCGAUGGCCAUGGUCCUGGUCCGCGCUUUGAUAGUAGCUCUGUAGGCAAUGGAGGAACUUUGGGCAGUAAUGGUACUGGAGCCGCUGCACCCGGGGUUGGAGAAUAUCCUGUGGUACCCGGGACGUUGAGUCCGCAGGAUCUAAACCCCGGAGAUGACAGCACAAUUCCUAUCCUAUGGAAGACUCGUCAAGUGAGGCCAACAUCGCAACAUAUUCAAGGAUUUGCCUGGAUUCCGGUACCUGUGUCAGAUGACUUCUCUCACUACGUUGUAACGGCGACGAAUACCAAGGAACAGCAGUUUGAUAUCACUCGUCUUCCCGUGACCUAUAAGGUCUCUUUAUCUCCUCGUGGCGAUCUCGCUGUCACCGGUGGAAAAUCCAUCACAAUGCUUCUCGCGGAUGCUUCUGUUGGGAGUGCAUUGCAAAGCCAAGCGAACAGCGUCAGUGAACUUGCGAAGGAUAUUGAUGGAAUGCUGUUUCUAUCACGACAGUCUUCAGGAUAUGAAAACUUUCCGAAACGGUUGGACCACGCAUCUUAUGUGGGUAGCGUCCAUGCCCUUCACAACGACAUUUCGGUAGUUAUGAGAAAGCGCGCACUAGCAGGAUAUUCGAUGAACGCCGAGAAAAAUGGCAGAUUGCUCACGGAAGACGACAGGGAUCUGCGAGAACUCUGGGCGUGGGUUCACAGAGCGAAGCGGAAUUCGGCACAAGAUCGAAUGCGCAUUAACGGAAUAGAUUAUUCGGGGCAAGGAAUACAAGCCGUAAUCCAAGAUAUGAUGGCACCUGCGGCUUCCAGCUUACGAAGAACAUUUCCAACAGCGAGUUCCCCUGCGACGAGCGUUUCAAAUAUGUCAAGUGAUCCAUCUGCGGAACCAUUCGUUCCCUUCAUUAGCUAUUCCAACCCACAUCGUACUGUUGCGCUUUUGAUGUGCGGAUGGCAGUUUCAUGUGAAAGAUGAUAGCAGCGACGGUGAUGGAAGCGCGGACGAAACCCUGGAGCAGGUUCUCCAGAAUAUGGAAGCUGCGGGCGAGUAUGAGAAAGCGGCAGGAUGGGCUUUGUUCCAUUCGUCUAGCUUAACACGGGCGGUUCAAGCUUUGAACGCCAGUAAAGAUGAGCGCCUAAAGCUCGUCGCCACCGCACUGGCAGGUUAUUCCACCGUCCCGAGUAACAAGAGUGGUUCAAAAUUAUGGCAGGACUUGUGCCGAUCACUUAGCUCCGAUCUCAAAGAUCCAUAUUUGCGAUCUAUGUUUGCUCUCAUCGCCUCGGAUGGUGACUGGCGUAUUGUUUUGCAGGAACGAGGUCUUUCGAUGAAGGAUCGCAUAGGCAUAGCGCUUCGUUUUUUGAACGAUGAGGACCUACUUGCGUACAUCAAUAAAAUGACGAACAAGAUGGUCUUGGUGGGAGAUAUUAACGGGCUGCCGCUUACUGGACUCACACCAGCUGGGGUGGAUCUCAUGGAGCACUACCUAAAUAAGACAGGGGAUGUGCAAACAGCCGCAUUGUUACUGAGCAUGGUUGCGCCAGGUCGGUUUUUGGACUCUCGGGUGGAUGAUUGGGCCGAAACCUAUCGAACCUUGCUCGACCGAUGGCAAUUGUAUCGCAUCCGUGCCGGCUUCGACAUUGCUCGACAACGGCAUCUAGCUGGUGAUGGGUUUGUUGCACAUACUCCCCAUCCGAGCACGCCGUAUAAUGCAAACGUGCCCCCUCAAAUCUACGUGCGAUGUAACUUUUGCAAUCAACCAGUGGCGAACGGGCUAUUUGCAUCUCCAGUGAAGAGGAGCACCGGGACAGCUAUGUCAAGCGCUGCCCCAAUGCCUGUCAUGCCCGGCAACAAUCCACACAUGGCGGGUGCUGCGGGAAAUCCCCUCGGAACUCUGAUGAUUGGGUCUAGCAAACAGAAGGUCACAAGUUGCCCCAACUGCCGGAAGCCUCUACCGCGCUGUGCGCUGUGUCUCUUGCAUCUGGGAACGGCAGCGGAGAAUCUACAGUACUUCUCGAGAAGGGAUAAACCGUCGCCCUCUUCUGGCACUGAUGGAUCUGCUCUAUCUGGCUUUGAUUUGUGGUUUACGUGGUGUCAAACCUGUCGACAUGGUGGGCAUGCGGUGCAUAUGCUACAAUGGUUUGAAAAGCACCAAGAAUGUCCCGUGUCGGACUGUCGAUGUCGAUGUCGCGAAAUCUGAAUAUGUGAAAUGAGGGACUCUUGUAUAUUGUGCAUGAUAAGCUGUAUAUGCCAAUUAUGGAAUUUACGCUGUAUCCCCAGAAAUACCCGCGUUUUUUAAGAAUUACUUUGAUUAGGGAUUAAUUGAAUGCUGUAGUCAACAAAAU